UUCUACCCCAGAGUCUUGGCCUCUAGGAGGCAGGGACAGCAGGCCUGGCCAGCCCAGAGGACUCUCUGUCCACAGUGUAAAUGAGGACGCUGCUGGCCCAUGUCCCGCAGGGAUGUAGAGGGCAGGCUCAGAGGCACUGGGCACUCCCGGCACCAUGGAUGAUGCUGCCGUCCUCAAGCGACGAGGCUACAUCAUGGGGAUAAAUUUGGGAGAGGGCUCAUACGCAAAAGUCAAAUCCGCUUACUCUGAGCGCCUGAAGUUCAACGUGGCGGUCAAGAUCAUCGACCGCAAGAAAGCCCCCACGGACUUCUUGGAGAAAUUCCUUCCCCGGGAAAUUGAGAUUCUGGCCAUGCUAAACCAUCGCUCCAUCGUCAAGACCUAUGAAAUCUUCGAGACAUCAGAUGGCAAGGUCUACAUCGUCAUGGAGCUCGGGGUCCAGGGCGACCUCCUUGAGUUCAUCAAAACCCGGGGAGCCCUGCAUGAAGAUGAUGCUCGCAAUAAGUUCCACCAGCUCUCCUCAGCCAUCAAGUACUGCCAUGACCUGGAUGUCGUCCACCGAGAUCUCAAGUGUGAGAACCUUCUCCUGGACAAGGACUUCAACAUCAAGCUGUCCGACUUUGGCUUCUCCAAGCGCUGCCUGCGGGACGACAGUGGCCGACUGACACUGAGCAAGACCUUCUGCGGGUCGGCGGCGUACGCGGCCCCCGAGGUACUACAGGGCAUUCCCUACCAGCCCAAGGUGUACGACAUCUGGAGCCUGGGAGUGAUCCUCUACAUCAUGGUGUGCGGCUCCAUGCCCUAUGAUGACUCCAACAUCAAGAAGAUGCUGCGCAUCCAGAAGGAGCACCGCGUCAACUUCCCACGCUCCAAGCACCUGACAGGCGAGUGCAAGGACCUCAUCUACCGCAUGCUACAGCCAGACGUCAACCGGCGGCUGCACAUCGAUGAGAUCCUCAGCCACUGCUGGGUACAGCCCAAGGCCCGGGGCCUGUCCUGUGCAGCCAUCAACAAGGAGGGCGAGAGUUCCCGGGGCACUGAGCCCUCGUGGACCCCUGAGCCUGGCUCUGACAAGAAGUCCGCCACCCAGCUGGAGCCCCAGGAAGAGGCACUGCCCGAGACAAAACCCGAGGAGGACAAACUGCAAGGGCAGGUGUCAAGGCAGUCGGAGACCAAGGGCCUCACCAGCGAGCAGUCGAGCAGGGAGACAGAGGAAGGGGCCCCUCCGCAGCCUUCAGAGACGCACACCUAG